ACUAUACAAUAUUUCCCACGGGACAGUGAAUGCUGCACAUAUUUAUCUCGCGAGAACACAUGGGCUUGGACAACAAGUACGUGGCUUCACAGCUGAGGAGGACUGGGAGUGUUUUUAGGAAAACUAUACGGGAUGUAUAUUAACCUUAUGUGAAGGGAUGCUUCAUCUGUGACCCAAGAACGGCAGGCCUACCGGAAGCAGAGUACCGGGAGCAGCGGUAGUACCGGGGAGCGGUACCGGGAGCUGGACAGAUUGUCGCCGGUGGGAGCCGCUGCUGAAGGCUUCCCUGCGGACUGCUAACGGCAGCCGGCAGCUUGUUGGUGUGAUAUGGCGGAGAGCGGUACUCUGCCGAGCUCGACGCUUCCGCCGCCGAGGACUCGCAUCUUUAAAAUCAUCGUAAUCGGGGACUCGGGGGUCGGGAAGACCUGCCUCACCUACCGCUUCUCUGCCGGGAGGUUCCCCGAGAAGACCGAGGCCACCAUCGGGGUGGAUUUCCGGGAGAGGCUUGUCGAGAUCGACUGCGAGAAAAUCAAGAUCCAGCUGUGGGACACUGCAGGUCAGGAGCGCUUCAGGAAGUCCAUGGUGCAGCACUACUACCGCAACGUGCAUGCUGUCGUCUUUGUCUACGAUGUGACCAACGCGUCCAGCUUCCGCAGCCUGCCGGCCUGGAUUGAGGAAUGCAAGCAGCACGCUCUGGGCACAGAGGUACCCAGGAUCCUGGUCGGAAACAAGUGCGACCUUCAAGACUCUGUCCAAGUGGGCACAGACGUGGCGCAGCAGUUUGCCGACUCCCACUCCAUGCCCCUGUUUGAGACGUCGGCAAAGAACCCAAACAGCCAGGGAGAUGGAAGCUGUGACGGAGGAAACAGUGACCACGUUGAGGCUAUUUUUAUGACGGUGGCCCACAAGCUAAAGUCUCAGAAGCCUCUUGUAUUGAGCCAGCCGCCCGGGGGAUCAGAGGGUACCGUCCACCUGAGCAGGGGGAGGGAUGAUGGGGGAGACGGGGCCAGGAGCUGGGGCUGCAGCAGCUGCUGAGGCUGCACAGGACCCCAGAGAAUGAAAAGGGAAAGAGCGGAGGAUCGGUUGAAUGGCUUCACAAUCAGCACAAACAUGCAGAUGAAGCGCUCUCCAAAGCCUGUGCUUAACUUCAUAAACGACUUUAAAUGGGUUAAAGUGGUAUUUACAGUACAAUUGUUGUUUCUGAAAACCCUGAACAAGGAUCCUGAACAAGAGGCCGACAAUCUGAUUCUAAGUCAAUUCACCUUCAAUCUUAAUUUUUGUCUGGAGCCUGCACUGCUGAGCUUCAAAGUGGUAUUAAUACAUGAUUUGCCAUAGAAAUGUCUUUCUAAAACAGCACAACACUAUAUGAGGAUGAUAUAUUAACAGAAGACAUUAUAAUACAAUCUAUUUGGUUUUAAUUCAGCCAUCUCACUAAAGGUGACCUGCAGUGUUUCUCAUCAAGGCACGUGUAGUUGUGAAUGCAUUACCUUCUUUAAAAAUGUAUUUGCAAAGGCAAUAUUUCAAAUAUUUAGAAACUAUGUAUCUGCUGAAUGUGUUAUCACAAUCAGCUGCGGAUCAGUCUUGACCAUACGUGUACAGUACAUUUUAGUGAAAAGAUGUCUUUAAAUUCAAUGAUCAAAAACUGUGAUUCUUCAUAUCAAUGUUGUGUUGGCAGCACAUGCUGAGCCAACUCAGUGAUAAGAGGGAUUAUUGAACAACAACCCUAAUACGCCAAAGUAAUCCCAUCCAGGUUUACCCCAAAUCUUAAUGGAAUACUCGACCGCUCGGUUCUUGAUGUGUUUCAGUGUGGGGGCAGCUGGGAGCUUCUUGCCUCCCCCCACUCUCUGCUGUAUCACACGACCCAGUUACUUCUCUCUCUUGCAGGGCUCCAGACUAACUAAUGACUUAACUUACUGAUGAAUGCUCUGGAAAGAUAUUUAAAGAAAUAACGUGCUGUUCUAAAAGAAAAGUAGUGCUUUAAAAAUAGUGCUAAAGUAAUCUCUCACAUUGCUGCGAGUGGUAGCACUGCGUGCCAUGAAAAAUAAUCACAUCAUCAGUGAUUUGGUUGUCCUCCCAGAGUCAGGGUAACCCUGUGCAAGGCUCGGGAUCGUUAACGUUUUAUCUUUAUUUUCUUUAUCUACUGGUUGUUGUACACUGCAGAAUGGGACUAACUGGUGCCAGUGUGGGGUCAGCCCGCCCAUCGGAGAGGGAAAGGCCCUUCUUCUGUAGUGUGCACCUCUGCAGGUACAUCAAGGCUGCUGCCUUCAUCCCCAGCUUCUCCUGUAUGGAAGCAUGUCACUGUUAAAUCCCUGAGCUGGUGGCGUUACCGUGCACAGUUCACGCUCUGCAUUACUACUCACUGUGACUGGUUGUUUGGCUUACGUUUGGUUGCUGCUUUCUUAAAGUGUCCUUUGUUUUCAAUACAUGCCGCGCCCCUCCCUCUCCCCACACACACACACUAAGACUUCCUUUGCCUCAUCUUCACUUCAGCCAUGAACACACAAUACUCCUCCUCUCAUUGCCCAGAAAGAAAAAUGCUAUGCCUUCACAGUGACUAAGAACCAAACUACUGGGUCGAGGUUAGACUGGUUUGUAAUAAAAGUACCUUGAACAUUU